AUGUGCGACUCGAACGUACAUAGCAGUAUUGUUCAGCUAAUGAGAUACUGGUACGAAAACCAAAAGAACAUGUUACUUUGGGGUGACUCAGUAUCUUGUGAGUUUAGAUUGGCGUGCGGUGUGCGUCGAGCUGGGCUGACCUCUCCGGAUCUAUUUAAUCUCUACGUCAAUAACCUGAUCGAGGAGCUAAGUGGCACUGGCAUCGGAUGCCAUAUUGGUGGAGUCUGUUUUAACUAUUUAAGUUACGCUGAUGAUAUGGUGUUACUUAGUCCCUCAAUAAAUGGUAUUCGAAAAUUGUUGCACAUCUGUGAGGAGUAUGCGAGGAACCACGGUUUAAAAUAUAAUGUUCGAAAAUCGGAAAUGGUAGUUUUUCGAGCUGGUAAGGGUCCGGAGAGGAUUCCACCCGUACUUUUGGAUGGAACACCAGUUCAGGUUGUAGAGCAGUUUAAGUAUCUAGGUCAUAUGCUGUCGGGAUCCUUGAGCGACGAUCUGGAUAUAGAACGGGAGCUGAGGUCGCUGGCCAUUCGGUGUAACAUGCUCGCUCGUAGAUUCGCUCGUUAUGGAUCAGCUACACCAAAAGAUCCUUUAACACCCUCAGAGUCCAGUACAACGACGCGCUCCGCGUUUUGUUAA